GAGCCACAGAAUUCCAGGUUCUAGGGAGGACAUUCCAGAACCUAAGAUCCACCACUGACGUCUCAUAUGCAAAUGAGGAGGCUUCCGGGAGGGAUGGGUGGAGCGGUCGGUGCCCGGGUGAGCAGCUUGGAUUCAGACUGCUGGGAGGCGGACCGGAGCUGUUGGGAGAGCAUCACUGGAGCCUAGCCCUAGGAGGAUGGACGAGACGCCCCGAAGCUGAAAGGACUCGGCACGCCAGCCAGCCCUCAGGAGGAGCUGUGGACAUCCCAGACUGGCCAAACGCGCACACUGGUGAUCUCCUUUCUCAGAUCCCUGCCACAGAGAUUCCCUUCCUCCCAGGCAAGUGCAAAUAAUGAACUUUUGGAAGAAUUACUUUUUUGCUUUCACUCUGCUCAGUGUGGUUAUUGUCGUGAUAUUUUACACUAGCCAAUUAAACCUGUCGAAAAGUAAUGAGAGGGCGAACAGGUCCUGGGAGAGGUCUGUUAGAAUAAAUGCCUGUAGUUACGCCUUGGAAGACAAGACAGCUUUCGUGUGGGGCAAAGCACCAUCAGCCCCCUUGGGCAGUGUCCCCUGCCGGGAGUACCUGGUCCAGAACCACUUCAUCACCAGCCCCUUGUCGGAAGAGGAAGCUGCCUUCCCCCUGGCCUACGUCAUGGUCAUCCACAAGGACUUCGAUACAUUCGAAAGGCUCUUCCGGGCCAUCUACACGCCCCAGAACGUCUACUGCGUGCACGUGGACCGGAAAGCCUCCUCGGAGUUCCAGCUUUCCGUGUCGCGCUUACUGAGCUGCUUCCAAAACGCCUUUCUGGCCUCCAAGACGGAGCCCGUGGUCUACGGGGGCAUCUCCAGGCUCCAGGCCGACCUGAACUGCAUGAAGGACCUCGUGGCCUCCACGGUGCCCUGGAAAUACCUCAUCAACACGUGCGGGCAAGAUUUCCCCCUGAAGACCAACCGGGAAAUCAUUCAGCACCUGAAAGGAUUUAAAGGGAAGAACAUCACCCCGGGGGUGCUGCCCCCAGCUCAUGCCAUUGGGAGGACCAAAUACAGCCACAGGGAGUAUAGAGGCAAAGGACGUUCUUUUGUGAAAAACACCUAUAUUCUGAAAACCUCACCUCCACAUCAGCUGACCAUCUACUUUGGCUCUGCCUACGUGGCCCUUACCAGGGAGUUUGUCAACUUUGUGUUCAGUGACAAAAGGGCCGUUGAUCUGCUCCAAUGGUCCAGAGAUACCUACAGCCCUGAUGAACAUUUCUGGGUGACGCUCAAUAGGAUUCCAGAUGUCCCUGGCUCCAUGCCCAAUGCCUCGUGGACCGGGAACCUCAGGGCGGUGAAGUGGAAUGACAUGGAGGACCAGCACGGAGGCUGUCAUGGCCACUACGUACACGGCAUCUGCAUCUACGGAAAUGGAGACUUGAAGUGGCUGAUGAGUUCGCCAAGCCUGUUUGCCAACAAGUUUGAGCUCAACACAUACCCUCUCACCGUGGAAUGCCUGGAACUGAGGCUUCGCGAAAGAGCCCUCAAUCAGAGCGAAACCGCAGUACAGCCCAGCUGGUAUUUCUGACCCACAACAGCUCGAGAUGGAGGGGAAGUUGCAGAUGUAGCUUUCGUGCCUAGAUUGUAUGAGCGGCUUCAGGGCCUGGCUCGGUAACUGGACUUGAACUGUGCGCUGAGACGCUCUGAAAUACACUGCAGGGUGGCUGAAUCGAGCUAUCCUGGCACCUUAGCCAGUCUGACAGUUUUCUUGCUAACUCUACGAGAGGACGCUGUUCUUUUGAUCAACGUUAAAUUUAAAUGCUGUCAUAUCUUUGCACCCGAUCGUCCUAUGAACAUGUUCUAAUGAAAACGAAGAGUAGGUAAUAGUAUUUAGGAAAGUAAGAAUUUGAGUUCUUCGAAGAAAAAAAAAAAGGAAGUCUCUUAUAAUACAUUGUCACCUCUCAACCAGGCUUGCUGAUAGAGGACUCGGGCAUUGGGAGUGGCAGCUGUACUUUCUCCCCUCUC